CGGAGGAUUUCCCGGGCUGCCUGGGCGCUGGCAGCACUGCCUCCCGCCCCAGCCCCGCCGCCUGCCCGGGUGCACUGCGGAGGAGGACGAGGACGGACCGUGGCGGAGGGGCCUCUGCCCGCUGCUGCCGUCCCUGUGCCGGCAUGGGGCCGCGGGAGCUGGCCCUAACUUUUCUGACUUUGCCUCUCGUCGUGCGGGCGGCCGCGGGAGGGCAGUGGUGUUAUGACUCACAGGACCCCAAAUGCGGUCCCAGCCACUGGAAGGAGCUGAAAGCCACAUGCGGCGGCAACAAGCAGUCCCCUGUGAACAUCGACAGGCGCUGGCUGCAGCGGGACAGGCGCCUCGGGGACAUCCUCUUUGAGGGCUACGACCAGGCUCCCCCAGGCAAGUGGAGGCUGGCAAAUGAUGGGCACACAGUGGUGCUGAGCCUGGCAAGUGAGUCGGUCUCUGAGCACAUCACCAUCAGCGGUGGGGGCCUCCCGGGCAGGUACCGUGCCCUGCAGCUCCACUUCCACUGGGGCAGCCCGGCACGGAACGGCUCCGAGCACACCCUGGAUGGGCACCAGCUCCCUAUGGAGCUGCACAUUGUGCACAUCAAUGUCAAGUACCAGACGCUGGCAGAGGCAAAGGGGCAUCCCAAUGGGCUGGCAGUCCUUGGCUUCUUCUUCCAGGUCUCCGAAACCCCUAACACCAACUACAACACCAUUGUGGUGGGGCUGAGGAAUGUUUCCCAUGCUGGGGACUCCGUAGAUCUGGCCUCCACGUUCCGGCUGAGCACGCUGCUGCCAGACGGCAGCCGGCUGUCCGGCUACUACCGCUACCAGGGCUCCCUCACCACCCCCGACUGCAGCGAGGCCGUCAUCUGGACUGUCUUCGAGGAGCCAGUGGAGAUUGGUCGGGAUCAGCUGCAGGUGUUCUUCAGCAGCCUCCACUUCCCGGCCGCCGGUUCCACGCUCCUAAAAAUGACCAACAACUUCCGCCCGCCGCAGCCGCUGCGCAGCCGGAAGGUGUUUGCCUCGCGGGCAGCCACGGCCAGCAGCACAGCCCUGGCCCCAGCCUGCUGCCAGCUCCUCUCCCCUCUGCUCCUGCUCGCCCUGACUGGCCUCUUCUCACCAGCCCCGUAGCAUCCGGCCCUCACCCGCCUCUACAGGAGCGUCCCCCUGCUGCAGCGGGGAUGGGUGACAACACCUCUGGUUCACUGGUAAAUGGGAAGGAAAAAAACCCAACCCAAAAAGCAGCACGGUGGGAUUGCAUCUGGAUGAAGGCUUCACAACGCUGCAUCUCUGCAGAGGUCAGUCUCUGCCAGCCCAGCCCCUCUGUGCUGUUCUUGUGGCCCCGUGCUGGCUCCCCAGGGGGAGGAUGUGCAGAGCUGGAAUAAA